AUGCGGCUCCCACUCACGCUCUUCUCCGCUGCGAUUUUCAGCGCCGUUGCUAAUGGUUACCCGAAUCCCGGUGUGGUCACUGGGGACACAGCAGUGGCGGAUCCCACUAUGUGCAAAGACGACGCAGGCACAUACUUCAUAUUCUCCACUGCGCCCGGAAUCCAAAUCCUCACCUCAACCGAUCGAACUGCCUGGACGUAUGCUGGGCUAGUGUGGCCCGAUGGCGCGAGUUGGACGGAUGCAUACACUGGAACUACUAAUGGAAAUUUAUGGGCUCCGGAUUGUACCUACUUGGACGGUCAAUUCUACUUAUACUAUGCAGCAUCCUCGUUUGGAUCACAAAAUUCCGCCAUUUUCUUCGCCAAAUCUACUACUGGAGCUUCAGGUAGUUUCACAAAUGAAGGUCUAGUGACUUCAACUGUCACCGGAGACACCUACAAUGCUAUCGAUCCCAACUUGCUUGUUGCUGGAUCGACUUGGUACCUCUCCUUAGGAAGCUUCUGGGACGGUAUUGUGGGUGAAGCGCUCAGCAGCAGCACAGGAAAACCCUCCGGCUCGAGCGUAAAUUCUCUUGCUGAGCGUUUUGUGAACAGCGGUGCUAUCGAAGCCAGUGUCAUUUUCCAGUUCGGUGACUUCUACUAUUUGUUCAGCUCAUGGGAUAUCUGUUGCGAUGGAACGUCGAGUACCUAUAACAUUCGGGUCGGAAGGUCUUCAACAUUCAACGGAGGCUUCGUCGACGCUGACGGCGUUGCUCUGACCGAUGGUGGAGGAACUCUUGUCCUAGAGAGUCACGGCGAUAUAAUCGGUCCCGGAGGGCAGGAUAUCAUGACAGAUGUCGACGGCGUGGUCAUUGUUUACCACUAUUAUACCUCCACCGGAACUUGGCUUGGCAUCAACUUGCUGGAUUUCUCUACCGGCUGGCCUGUUGCGUUUUGA